AGCUGACAGUGACAGGAUAGAAUUUCGAUGGCAUGGCAAAAAAAUAUGCACGAACACGAUAUUUUUCCAAGAUAAUUUGCUGCAAGCAAAAUAAUUCCGUAAUUUAUGUAGUUCCACUAUGUACAAUAUGUGCUCUGUAUUUUAAAGAUGAUUUAAAUUGCUUCUGCGUUAUAUUUGACUACAUGUGAUUUUCUUUCAUGUAUGAAACUAUGAACCAUCCUGAUAACCUGUGAAGACCUAGUGUGAUUUGUUUGUGAAAGUACACUACAAAAUAAGUUUGUUUAUAUUAUGGCCAAGUGGAUCGGAUAUGCAGUGUCUGUGAAUUGUGGAGAGCCGUUGGGAUGUUACCAGGGCACUAUAUUGGAAGCAGAUGGAAGUACUAUAACACUUACAAAGGCUUUCAGGAAUGGAUUCCCUUACCCUAAGUCGCAGGUGACUCUCAAUGCCGCCGACAUCAAAGAACUGAAGAUAAUUGAGUCCCGCGCCGAGCCUGCAGAGCAGACACACAGCACGGUGGCGGUGAGCAAGGCCAGCAAGAAGGGACCCCGGGCCACAGUCUGUGAGAACCUGCAAGCCAACCCUAGCAGCUCAGGCAACCAAGGCCCACCUGUGUCUGGCAGCAGCAGCAAGGGCGCGACCUCACGUCCCGGGCCCACACAACCACCGGCCCGCAGCAAACCCAUUGACAUCCAAUCCAAAAACAACAAAAACAACACACAUGCAGGCAGCUACGGCAACUCGGGCUCGGGCCGCGCGGACAAGGCGCGACGCCGCAACGAGGCGUGCUUCGGCGGCGACGCGGCCGCCGCGCUCGACGACUUCGACUUCGAGGGCAACCUCGCGCUCUUCGACAAGCGCGCGCUCUGGGAGCAGAUGCGCCACUCGCACAAGCCCGACCUGCUGCGCCAGGCCGAUGAGAUGGGCGGCAAGUUCCGGCACGACGAGAACGUCCUGGGCGGGACGGCGACGGCGCGGCGCUCCAUCCGCGUGCCCGACGCGCUGCGCGGGCCGCUGGACUACGUCACCGACGACGGGCUCGUCGUGCCCUCGCUCACCGGCGCCGCCCGCCGCAGGUUGUGGGAGCUGGUGUGGCGAGCGGGCAUGGGCCCGAGCGCGGCCACGCUGCUGGCGCGCGCAUGCGCGGACGUGGCGCUGCGGCUGGCGGGCGGCGGCCGCCGGCUCGACCCCAGCAACGCGCACCAGACGCCCGUCGUCGUCGCGCUGGCAGGCGUGAACAACGUGGGCGCGGUGGGCGCCACGGCCGCGCGCAUCCUGGCGGCGCACGGCGCGCGCGCGGCGCUGUGGUCGCGCGACGUGCACGCGCACGCGCACGCGCACGCGGCCGGCGUCAGCGUGCUGGCCUCGCUCGACCUCCUGCCCAGCCCCGACGUCGUGCUGCUGGCGCUGCACGACGACCAGGACCAAGACACUGAGGAGAGCCCCGCGGUGUCGGCGGCGCUGCGCUGGGCGCGAGGCGCGCGUGCGGCGCUGGUGGCGCUGGAGCCGCGCGGCGCCGGCUGCGGAGUGCCGUGCCGCGCGGCUGUGAGCGCGCUGCUGCCGCCGGCGCUGGCGCCCGAGUUGGGCCGCGUGUACCUCGCCAACGUGGCGCCGCCGCUCGCCGCCUUCGCGGAGCUGCGCAUCGCCUACCGCCCGCCCUUCGGCGCCAGCGCCGUGCUGGCGCUGCACGCGGCCGACGCCGCCGACUGCGUCGACUGACGACGGCGAUCGGAUUCGUUCGGUUCGCAGUGUCUAGUGACCGAGUUUAGAGAAUUCGAUGUUUCAAAUUACAAUGUAAAAUGAUUUGCGUUCGCGCUUAUCGUUCUGUUUACUACGAUCGUUACGAACGAGUUGGGACAAAUAAGAUUUGUUUUAAAACAUUGUGAACUCGAAUUUAAUUUUUUUCACAGUUUUUUCUCUCUUUAAUUUCUGUUGCCAAUUGUAAUGAUAUUGGUUAGAGAAACUGAUUUUGCAUCAAACAUUUUUUUUGUAUCAUUACCUGAACACAACGCGAAUAUAUAGCUGAAUGUUAUACUAACUUAAUAGCUAAAAAUAUUAUCCGAGACCUUUCGUGAAUAUCACGUUCAACAAAGUUAAUUCUACUUCACAGUCACGUCACCAUUAAUAUACCUAUUGCAAAUCUGUCUUUUCUUUAAAACGCUAUAUGUGUGUGAAUGUUUCUAUUAAUAACAAAUAAGUGCCAUUACAUUUCUCUGCAUUGUGUUUUGAACAUGAAACUUGUUGCAAACGUGAACAUUUUUUCACAUUUGAUUGUAGGUAUAAAAAAGAUUUUUCACAUCAAUUGCACUUGUGAAAAAAAAUGUGAGUGUGAGUAACGUUCAAGACACAAUUUGUUCUGUGAAGUUAUAAAUGUUUAAUUUUACUCAUUCACCAGUUAUGUACGUUUCAUGUAGAAAUAAACUCUAUUUUUGUACAAUUCAUUUGUGUAAAGUGUAAUAUAUUUUUCGAACAACAUGUAUGAACUUUUGAAUUUACAUUAUGAUAAAUUUGUUACAAAGAUCUGGCCUACAGAGUAUUAAAGUAGACAAACGAAAAUAUGUAAUAAGCUUUAGAAAAUACAGUUUAUUAUCAAAUUAUAUGAACGAAACCUGUACAAACCUAUAGCAGAAUAUAUCACUAGACUUCUGAACUGCGUGGCUAUAUGCAAGUAAUUUGUUAUGAGUAAAUGCAUAAUAUAUUUCUUGAGAGUAUUGUGAUGUAAAUGCUGCAUUUGUGCUCCUAGAACGACUGAAAGCAAUGAUUGUGAUUUUAAUGGGGUUUGUUUCACUUAAAUUUUCCAAAUGAGAAGCAGACGUGUGACCGAGUUACCGGUUACGAGGUAUUGAAACUAUUACUUUUAAAAAUGAACACCCCAGAUGCGUUUAUGUAUAUCCUAGAUGUGAAGGUGUGUAGAUGUGUAGGUGACGAGCGGCCGUCGCGCGACGGGCGUCGCUGUCCUGUGAUACUUUCAUAAAUUGCUAGAAUAUUAUUGAAAUACGAUUGAAUAAAUUGUGGAAUUUAAUGCUGACUCUUAUUUGGGGUGUUUGUUGCAAAGACUAAGAAAACUAAAGACAAAGAGUUAUAAAAUAGCCGAAUGAGAUGAGAUGAGAUAGAACAUUUAGAGAAACUUCCCGGGGCAUCUCAUGAAAAGCGGCAAAUUGGGCGUGGUAAAACCGAGCAUAUGAUGAAGGUCUUCUCAUGUAUUUCUAAUACGUUUUUAUCUUUUUUGUCUAUAGCUUUCUCUGUCUAUGGUUUGUGGCAGCUUGUCGUGGCAAUCUGAGACAUAUCGCCAUAGCCUUAAAACUGACAAAAUAAUAUAAGAUUAAUGAAACAAAUUUAAAACCAUGUCCAUCAAUUUAUUUUUUUAAGAAUCAAUCUGCGUUGAUCGCACAAACACACUCGGCGAGUGUUCAUUAAAUAACAAAACAAGAGCGGUCCGCGUUCUGUUCCGCCCGUUACUGCCUGAACUCACUGCACACAAUCUGUAUCGUCAUGACGUUACGCCAACUUCAACUACAUUUACAGAUGUUGUAUACUUUAUUAGGUAGUAUUUUCUAACUGAUUUAAAUGUGCAUUGUUCACACUACUGUUACGUAGGUAAUUAAUAAAAUGUUCGAUCUGUAAUCGAAUAUAUUGAUCAGAGUUUGGACAAUCACUGAAAUAUCACAAUAUUUAGAUUUCUAACAGUGUCUCCUUCAUUUUCCUUGUCAAAUUU